AUGAAGAAGAAAGAUCAAAAGACAACACCGCAGAAUAGGGAGAAGAAGAAGGAACAAGAGGCAGAGAAACAGUUGGAUAUGAGCCAAGAUAUUGUAGGUAGAAUAGUGGAAAGUUUAAAGAUAGAGAUAGUACAGGGCAGGGAGUUAUUAGAGAAAGAAGUAAGAAAGGAAAUGAAGGGGCUGGCACGAAGAAUUGAAGCUAUGGAGGAGAGAUGGAAGAAAAAGGAAGAGGAGAUGGGAAAGAAAAUAGAGGAGAUGCUAGAACAGAUGAAGGAGGUGCAGAAUAAGGAAAGACAGAGAAGAGAAGAGGAGAAAGAGGAAGCGGUGGAGGAAGUUAUGGAAAAAAUAGAGGAGAAGAUAAAUGAGAGAGAUAGAAGACAAGAGGAAAAGGAAAUGGAAAGAACAAAAGAGGCAUGGAAUGAAGUGAAGAGAAUACACAGGAAGCUGGAGGAAAGAGAGAGGAGAGAGAAGAAAAACAAGAUUGUUAUUAGAGGGUUAGAAGUACCUAAAAGGGAGGCGAAGGAAAAAACCAGACAAUUUCUGACUGAAGAAUUUGGGGUGAAGGAAGGAAUAGUGGGUAUAGAAAUCAUAGGAGGAGGAGAGAUAGCGAAAGUAUCGAUCGUAGAAAUGGAAAACUGGGAGGCAAAGCAGGAAGUGAUGAAGAAAAAGGGCAAACUACGUGGGAAAAGGAUAUACAUUGACCAUGAUAUGACGCAAGAAGAAAGAAGAGUUCAAAAAUUGUUAAGAGAGAAAGCAAGGGAGGAAAUAAAUGAGGGGAGAGAGGCGAAGGUGGGAUAUAGAAAGAUAAAAAUACUAAACAAAUGGUAUAGAUGGAACGAAGAAAAAGGGGAGAUAGAAAGGGAGAGUUUAAAGAAGAAAGAUAGAGAUUUUUGGCAGCACAUAGAGAAAUAUGAUUUCGUGGAACUAGUAGAAACAUGGAUGGAAGAUAAAGAUUGGAGUAAGGUAGUAAGCAGACUGCCAGAUGGUUACAAAUGGAGAUAUCAAACAGCGGAAAGGGAGAAUAAAAGAGGAAGAGCAAAAGGGGGAAUUUUAACAGGAGUAAAGAAAGAACUGUGCGCAGGAGAAAAAGAGUGGGAAGACAAGGGGGUGAUGGAAAGAAAAAUUAAGAUAAAAAAUGAGAAAUGGUCAAUAUGGACAAUAUAUAACGGGGAGGGUAUGAAGAAUGUAGUAAGGAAGCUGGAGAGAGGAAUAGCAGAAAAAGAAGAGGAAUACAUAAUUAUUGGAGGUGACAUGAAUGCCAGAGUAGGAACGGAAGGUUCCUUAGGUGUCGGAUGGACGGAGGAUGAUGAAAAGGGGAGUAGAAGAAAAUCGAAGGACAAAACCAUAAAUCGGUAG